AUGGGCAAUUGUAACAUUACUGACAAGAAAGACUUUUCAGAUUCAUCAAGUACUUAGAUAGAUAUAUCCUAGUUCUUUCUGUCCAUAAUUUUGAGUUUAUUGAGGUUUUAGGAAAAGGUGGAUUUGGGAAAGUGUGGAAGGUGAAAAAAAGAAAAAAUAAAAGUUAUUUUGCAUUGAAAAUGAUGUCAAAAGCAAAGUAUAUUAAAGUUUUGAAGUUUAGAAUUAUUUCAAAGAAAAGUGUAACUUCAGUUAUGAAUGAAAGAACACUUUUAUGUUAAUUGAGACAUCCAUCAUUAAUAAAUAUGGUUGCCGCAUUUUAAGAUAGAGAGAAUUUAUACUUAGUUAUGGAUUUAUUAAGUGGAGGAGAUCUCAGAUAUCAUAUUGGUAAAAAUAGAAAAUUUUCAGAAGAAGAAACAAGUAACAUCAGUUUUUUUUAAUUUAGAAUUUUUUUGUGCCUGCAUCAUAAUUGCCUUAGAAUAUUUACAUUCAUAAGGAAUAAUUCAUAGAGAUUUAAAGCCAGAAAAUUUAGUAUUUGAUUCUGAAGGAUAUUUACGAUUAACUGAUUUGGGUAUAGCUAGAAUUUGGAGACCAGAUAAUUCAGCUGAUACUAGUGGAACUCCAGGAUAUAUGGCUCCAGAAGUAUUGUGCAGAUAAAACCAUGGAAUAGCUGUAGAUUAUUUUGCAUUAGGAGUGAUUGUCUAUGAAUGUAUGUUGGGAAGAAGACCUUAUGUUGGAAGAUCUAGACAAGAGAUUAGAGAUAAUGUAUUAGCAAAGUAAGUUUAAAUUAAAAAAAAUGAAGUACCUACUACAUGGUCAUUAGAAGCAGCUGAUUUUGCUAAUUAGGUAAAUUUAAAAUGAUUAAUUCAGUUAAUCCAAAGAAAACCUGCUUAGAGAUUAGGCUCUGAUAAUCCAGAAGCUGUUAAGAAUCAUUCAUGGUUCAAUGGAUUUUAAUGGAACAAAUUACUUAAUAAAGAAUUAUAGCCUCCAUAUUUACCACGUAAUUAUAGUAAUUCUGGUGGAUCAACAUAGGAUACUGAGUAGGAUACAAAAGAAAAUGAUCUUAUGCUUAGGCGUAAUUCUAUUUAGGGUAUAUUUUACAAAUCUAUAUAGCUUAAUUUGAGGGAUAUAGUCAUGAUUCAAAUGAACCUAUAACAGCUGAACCAUCAAAAUUCUGA